AGUUUACCCCAAGUAAAUUAGGGGUGAAAGUGUCGCGGAGAAAAAUGCAGAGUGAUAAGGUAUCCAAAAAAACGCAUGGUGAGACGCCUUCGAGCUUUCGCGAACACCACUCUCUCUCCCCAAUGGCGAUGUGGACACGUGUCGCCCCAAGUCCAUGCCCUUCAACUUCCUUAAUUAAACACAGGUCGUCCUCGCCUACCCUUCUUCAUUCUAAUUUCUUGUCGCUCACAUCCGAGAGAGGGAAGAGAAAGGGUUUCAGAGCUCUGUCAGUUUCAGCAAUGACGAAUUUGCCCACGGUUCUUGUUACUGGAGCGUCCGGUAGAACUGGGCACCUAGUCUACGAAAAACUAAAGCAAGGAAGCGAUCAGUUUGUUGCAAGGGGUUUGGUUAGAUCGGAGGAGAGCAAAGCCAAAAUUGGAGGCUCAGACGAUGUAUUUAUUGGAGAUAUAAGGAAUUGUGAGGCCAUUGUUCCUGCAAUUCACGGCAUUGACGCCCUAAUUAUCCUGACUAGUGCGGCUCCAAAGAUGAAACCAGGGUAUGAUCCCAGUAAAGGUGGCCCACCCGAGUUCUAUUAUGAAGAGGGAUCUUACCCUGAACAGGUUGACUGGAUUGGUCAGAAGAAUCAGAUUGAUGCUGCGAAAGAAGCCGGAGUGAAACAUAUAGUUUUGGUAGGGUCUAUGGGUGGUACAAACCCUAAUCACCCUUUGAACAGAAUGGGGAACGGGAAUAUACUGGUCUGGAAGCGGAAGUCUGAGCAAUAUUUGGCAGACUCAGGUGUUCCAUACACUAUCAUAAGAAAGUGUAUUUGGACGCCAAAAGACUUGGUUCUCUUGCCUGAUUCAGGGCUGGAGGUUUGCUGGACAAGGAAGGUGGUAAAAGGGAGCUGCUGGUUGGGAAAGAUGACGAACUUCUUGCGACUGUUGAACUUCGAACGGUUCCUAGGGCUGAUGUCGCAGAGGUUUGCAUCCAGGCAUUACUGUUUGAGGAGGCAAAGAAUAAGGCCUUUGAUCUCGGAUCAAAGCUAGAGGGUCAGGGUUCACCCACUACAAACUUCAAGGCAUUCUUCUCGCAAAUCUCGGCAAGAUUUUGAGUGUGAAGAGUCUCAAGUUUAUCUGAAGAGAUUCUUUGUGUUCAUUAAUCGCAUGAAUGUAUAAACUUGUCUUUUAUAGACAAAUUACAAAUGAGAAAAAAUAGAAAUAAAACAUAGACACCUAAACUAGACGCAUAAAUACCAAAAAUGCAAGAUAAUGUACCUUUCCUUCCAUGUAUAUUGAUUAAAAUAUACUCCUAUAUUAACUUGGUAGACAAUACAUAUUUUCUUUUUACAACCC